ACGUGGACUCUCGGUUCCGGCGCAGUAGAGACCGGGGGUGGUGGACAGUCUCCGGCACCAUGUCUGGUUUUUCUGGCCCACGAGCCCAGCGUGGCCCUUGUCCAUUAGCGUUGUUGCUUUUACUCCUGCUUGGCCCCAGCUCGGUCCUCGCCAUCUCCUUCCAUCUUCCUAUUAACUCGCGCAAGUGCCUCCGCGAGGAGAUCCACAAGGACCUGCUGGUGACGGGCGCGUACGAGAUCACCGACCAGUCUGGGGGCGCUGGCGGUCUGCGCACCCACCUCAAGAUCACAGAUUCUGCUGGCCAUAUUCUGUACUCCAAGGAAGAUGCAACCAAGGGGAAAUUCGCCUUUACCACUGAAGAUUAUGACAUGUUCGAAGUAUGUUUUGAGAGCAAGGGAACAGGGCGGAUACCUGACCAGCUCGUGAUCCUAGACAUGAAGCAUGGAGUGGAGGCGAAAAACUAUGAAGAGAUUGCAAAAGUUGAGAAGCUGAAACCUUUAGAGGUGGAGCUACGGCGCCUUGAAGACCUUUCGGAAUCCAUUGUCAAUGAUUUUGCCUACAUGAAAAAGAGAGAAGAGGAGAUGCGUGAUACCAAUGAGUCAACAAACACUCGGGUCCUAUACUUCAGCAUCUUUUCCAUGUUCUGCCUCAUUGGACUAGCCACCUGGCAGGUCUUCUACCUGCGUCGCUUCUUCAAGGCCAAGAAGUUGAUUGAGUAAUAAGGCCCAGUAUCCUACCUUGUAUCUCAGCCAGCAGAACAUCACUGGGACAUGCGUGGCCUAAGGCAUCCUACCAACAGCAUCAUCAAGGAACACUGGAACAUUAGUUUUGCCAGAACUGCUCUCUUUUGGUGUGGGAGGCUGUGGGUUACCACCUACACCCAACAAGUCAGUAAGGGACUUCUUUUUAACUUGGUAGGAUUUGGACUGGUUUUGCAACAGUUGGGCUGUUAUUAGGCACCUAUGACAAAAAAAUAGGGGUUACCUAGAUAAUGCCAAAGCCAGCAUUUGUACUGGGUUUCCUCAUGUGAUCUGUUUGAACCAUGUUUUCUUUCCUUCUCCCACUUGUUUACAUCUUGGGCUUCUCUCUGGUUCCUUUACUAAGACUUGUAUGACCAUGUUGAACUUGUUUCAUUCUGAUUGUCCUCUUUUGGUUGCCGUGUGAAAACACCCUUAACUUUCUCUUGACCCUUAGCUGAAAUAUUUAGUGAUAUAAAUAUCUGGUGAUACUCUUUCAUAAGUUUAUGUGUCUUAAAAGUGUGAUGGAUGGGACAUCUCAUAGAAGUGAGCUUUGACCUGUGGAUAACUUUAAAGGCAAAUUUCAUUUUAGAGAAUUAGAAUAUUUGUGUCAACUAUUGGAAUUUUUUUCAUUUUCUGCAUUUAUGCAUACUUAGUCCAUGUAGUUUUAUCAUGUGUGGAUUCAUGUGCCCACCACAAAAUGCAGAGCUGUUGCAUCACAUGGAUCCCUUGUGCUAUCAUUUGAUGGCAGCAGCCACCUCCCUUUCUAAGCCAAAGCUCCAGCUUUUGGCAACCACCCAUCUUUUCCCAUCUCUCUAAUUUUGUCCUUUCAAGAAUGUUAUAAUAUAACCUUCUGAGAUUGACAUUUUUCACUCUUUUUUAUUGCUCAGUAAUACUCAUGGUUUGGAUAUGCCACAGUUUGUUUAACCAUUCACCCAUUGAAACACAUUGGAGUUGUUUUCAGCUUUUGGCCAUUACUAAUAAACUUCUGUGAACAGCAUGUACAGUUUUUAUGUGAACAUAAAUUUUCUAUUUCUCUGGUAUAAACACCCAAGAGGGCAGUUGCUGGGUUGUAUGGUAAGCACAUUUGUUUUUGUAAGAAACCAUCUUACUCUUUUUCCAGAGUGAUUGUGCCAUUUUAUGUUCCCACCAGGAGUGUAUGACCAAUCUUGUUUUUCCGCAUCCUCACCAGCAUUUGCUUUUUUUUUUUUUUUUAAUUUUUAUUUUAGUCAUUCUGAUAGGCUUGUGUAGUAAUACCUCAUUAUAGUUUUCAUUUGCAUUUCCCUAAUGGCUAAUAUUGUUGAAUAACUUUUUGUGUGCUUAUUUGUCAUCUGUAUGUCUUCCUCAGUGAAAUAUUUUUCAUGUACUUUGCCCAUUUUCUAAUUAGAUUGUUCUUUUUACUGUUGAAUUUUGAAAGUUCCUUAGAUAUAAGUCCUUUAUCAGAGAGGACUUGUGGUUGCUUGAAUUUUUAACAAUUUCUAUCAAGGAAGAAAUAAGUAAAAUUUAUGAAGUCUUUUUAUGUGGUCCAUCACUUCACUGACUUAAUUCUUGUCCUGACAUGUUUGUUCCCUCUAGAGGAUUAAAACAUGAGUUAUAAAAAAAUAACACAUCUGGGAGGAACGUGAAUAGAUUAAAUACUCGAAAAUACAUGCUGUGAAAGCAAAGCCAAGAAUCUCUGUUAGUAUAUGUGGUGCCUCAAGGCCAAUACUAAUGUAAAUAAGAGAAAGCAUGGAUACAGAUGACCAUGUUCGUAAACACUUAUGAAAAUACUGUCACUUGAAAUUUUCCCUGCUUCUCCCAGUAAAGAGGAUAGGAAUUUUUCCAUUCUGUAAUCUCUUUUUUAACCCUGUUGACUGUUACAGGGCUUCAUCUAGUUACAGUGGCAAGAAUUAUAGGACUUAGGGCCAUACAGCUUAUAGUUAAGAAGCAGCAUGUUAGAAUUAACAAGAGAACACUGCUGGGAUGACCUGGAUAAAGUACCAUAGAUGGAAGAGGCAGUGAGUUGUGUUGUUAAAAUCUCCAGCUGUUCUGUUCAUGUCCCACGUACUCUGAACCCAAAAGCGUUGUUUCUUCUUUUGACUCCCUGUAUGAAUCCCUCUGGUGUGGCAUAAAAGUGAUUCUUUCAUUAAUUUGUGCAGCAUUGCCAUCUGCUGUUAAGAAUUGAUAGAUAAAGCUUCUGAGAACUUGGCAGCCGAAUCCUUUCCAUAAGGGAGAGCAGCAGAUUUUGAGAAAGUCUAUCUGUGUAUUAUAUGUGCUAAAUGACACAGAAAUGCAACCAAUAGCAAAAAGAAUAACCAGAUUUGUGGGUUAAGAUUCAUCCUUAGACGUUUUUUUAAAGGUGAAAUUUUGUUCUUUGCCAUUAGCCUAACAGGAUACUCUCGUAUUUCUGACUGGUGCCUUUCCCCUUUUCAGAAGCAAUGAAAGUGACUCAGUUAUAGUCUUCUAUUCUGACAAAAUAUCAAAGAAGAAGAUAGUUAAACUAGAAGAUACUUUAUUUUGCUGAUGUUUUUCCCAAAUAUGACUUUGUGAAACUGAAAUUCUUUCAUGUCCUUUUCCUUUACUCAUGCCAAAACUACCAACUCAGCCAUCUGUGCUUUUAAAGAUCAUUGAUGUCCCACCUUGAAUUUACCUAGAAAAUAAAAUUUUGCCUUUGAUAAAAGGCGAGUACAAGAGCAAAUCAGCUUUAAAAACAAGUUUACCUGCUUUUCUCCAUUUUUGAGCCUGUUAUUCAACAGUCUGUAUAACAUAGAUGAGAAUGAUACAUACAGUCUAAUUAAGAUUUGUUAUACCACUGUCAUAAAGCCCUGUUGUAAGCUGUUUUUCUUGUUUUGGAAAGAGGCACGUGAGAUUUAUACAGAUUCACUUGUAAAUGUUGGAUUGGGGGUUUUUUUUGUGAAAAUUUUCUCAAAUAAAGGCUAGCAGAAACCA